UCUCUUUACAAAUUCCAGCAUCCAAAACACAAAUAUGGCCUCUUUUACAUCCUCAAGUGUUCUCCUAAGCCUUUUUAUUACUCUCUCCCUUCUUCAUUUUAGCUCAGCCAGAAAACUAGCUGAGUCAGAGCAACCGUUGCAAUUCCAAUACCACAAAGGCCCUCUCCUCACAGGCAAAAUCUCCGUUAACCUCAUUUGGUACGGAAAAUUCAAGCCAUCACAAAGAGCCAUAAUCGCAGAUUUCGUCACCUCCCUCUCCUCUCCCAGACCCACAACUGCCCAACCAUCUGUUGCCACGUGGUGGAAGGCAACAGAAAAAUACUACAACCUUGUCAACAAAAAGACAUCAUCACCCAAACUCGCCCUCUCCCUAGGGUCCCAAAUCCUGGAUGAAAACUACUCAUUAGGCAAAUCACUCACAACAAACCAAAUCCUAAGACUCGCAUCCAAGGGUCCCCAGAGAAACGCCAUCAACGUGGUUCUCACAUCUGCUGACGUGGCAGUCGAGGGUUUCUGUUCCAGUAGGUGUGGGACUCACGGCUCCUCCCUGGGGGCGCGCGUGAACGGAAAGAGGUACAAGUUCGCGUACAUAUGGGUGGGUAACUCUGAGACCCAGUGUCCUGGUCAAUGCGCGUGGCCUUUCCACCAACCCAUUUACGGUCCUCAGAACCCACCACUGGUUGCACCCAACAGUGAUGUGGGUCUUGACGGCAUGGUCAUCAACGUGGCUAGUCUCUUGGCUGGCACCGUAACCAACCCUUUUGGGAAUGGGUAUUACCAAGGACCCAAAGAGGCUCCUCUAGAAGCUGCUUCGGCUUGCACUGGGGUCUAUGGUAAAGGGGCUUACCCUGGUUAUGCUGGGGAUCUUUUAGUCGACCCCACAACUGGUUCAAGCUACAACGCUAACGGCGUCAAUGGCAGGAAAUAUUUGGUGCCAGCUCUCUUUGACCCUAAAACUUCAUCUUGUUCUACGCUCCUAUAAACGUCGAUCACGCGUUCGUGCAUCCACAAGACAUAGUUUACAAUUACUAUAUGUUUAGCUGCUAGGCAAUACGAUAAAUUCUUUAAUUUGUUCAUUUGUUUUGUUAGACCUUCAAUAAAAUUAUUAUAAUAUUAAAUUUGAGUUCAUGUUCUUUUUCCUUUCUCACUUUAAAAAUAUAUAUCUUAACCACUUCGCCUCAUCCAUCCACGCACAUCACAUACCAGAAUGACGUUGAUGAACGAAUUUAUUUGUUGUUGCCAGCUACAUAUGUCAACGAAUUUAUCAAUAAAAUGUUCGAG